AUGAUCGAAAAGGGGAAAGAUAACAAGUACUAUCAAGAAUGUGGAGGGUGGGGACAACGUGGUCGUCAACAGCUCGACUGGAGUCACUCAUGAAGAUUCGGCCAAGGUUCCCGUGUGUGCUCCAACCGGCAUGGUCUGAUCCGGAAAUACAGCCUGAACAUGGGCUGCCAGUGUCUCCCCCAGUACGCCAAGGAUAUCGGCUUCGUCACGCUGGAUUGA